AUGACGUCCGACGACAAGCCGGGCUGGCGCCUCAGUUUGCGGCCAGAGCCCGGAAGUAAAACAUCUGAGGCCGCUCGGGGGGGCGGGGCGGGAAGGAUGUUGCCUAUUCAGCCCCUCGGGAGACUCUUAGGCAGGGCCGUGAGCCGCCGGAAAGACGAAGUCCGCGUCGCUGGGAAAAGAGUGAUGGUGGCAGGACUGGGGAAUUACGGCCUGCGGGGCACCCGUCACAGCGUGGGCAUGGCCAUGCUGAACCACCUGGCCGGCAAGCUGAGUGUGGCAGACCAGUGGAAAACAGACCGGCGCUGCUGUGGGGAUGUGGCGAUCGCCAAGCUGGACAACGUGGAGCUCGUGCUGAUGAAGCCCCGCAGGCUCAUGAAUGUGAACGGCCUCUGCGUAGCCGGUGCGGCGGAAGCGUACAACCUGAGCACGGAGGACAUUUACCUGGUUCACGACGACCUGGACAAGCCCUUAGGGAAGGUUGCAUUGAAGCUGGGAGGCAGCGCAAGAGGUCACAACGGAGUCCGUUCCUGCAUAAACUCCCUAAGCUCAGACUGCAUGGUCCGAUUAAGGAUCGGCAUCGGCCGCCCGGCGGGGGAAGCUGCUGUGGAUCGCUACGUCCUGGGCAGGUUCACCAGCGCCGAGCAAGAAAUCCUCCCGCAAGUCUUGGAGCAGGCCGUCGAGAUGCUCCUGGAACACAUCCGGCAGAGGGGCAACGGCAAGGGGACCUCGGCAGCUUGCGAGGGACGAAUCAGAGCCCCUCUGGGGACGGAGGGGGCGUGACAAUUUUAUAGUAGACAUUAAAGUGUCGGCCACAAAAACAGGCAAAAAAGAAGCUGUGGCGAAACGGGGACCCGCCCUCAGCCCUAGGAGACUGAGGUGC